CAAAGAAUCAGUCGGUCAUACAAUACCGUGGUGAACAGACACUCGCACAUAACUGUGAACUUUUUGGAAACAAUAUCAUUUACAUUCAACGUCGCAAUUGUUUUGACAUUAACUACUUAUAGUUCAAGAAUUUUAUGAAGCAAGAUGUAUUCAACGAAGAAGAGUUUGGAUCUCCUGAUCAGGAUCUAUAAGAAUGAAAUCCGCCGGCAAAUCAGCAAGACGACCAGCGUUAGCAACUCUGAUGCGAUGGCUCCAAGACUCGACCAGAGCGUAAAUAAACCACAACAGAAUGACGAGACAGGAGUGCCGAAGAAGCUUCUGAAGUUGCAGAAAUACCACAGAUUCCUGUCGACCCUGACUCCGCAGGAAAUGCCAAUGGCGACCCGUGGACUGGCCGUCUCCAAGGAUCAGUCCAGGGAGUUCAUGGCUUGCUUCCCAGACAUCAUACGGGACCUCACUGAGACUGGCAAGCACAAUGAUGUGCCCGAAGCUAGCAAAUGGUUGGCUAAGCUGUUACAGUACAAUGUGCCAAACGGGAAAAAGAACAGGGGUCUCGCGACGGUCCUCGCGUACAAAAUGUUGGAGAAACCCGAGAAUUUGACGCCAGAGAACGUCCAUCUCGCAAACAUUAUGGGAUGGUGCACUGAAAUGUUCCACACACACGAAUGGUUGCUGAACGACAUAUUGGACGGUGCUGAAACGAGGCGCGGCGCCCCGUGUUGGCACAAACGCCCCGAAGUCGGCCUCAGCGGCAUCAACGAUGCGGUACUAGUCCAGGCAGCUAUGUACUCCACCCUCAAACGAUACUUCUCCAGCAAGCCCUACUACAAGAACGUUCUGGAGACAUUCAACGAGAUUCUAAUGAAAUGUACGAUUGGACGCUUUAUGGACAACUCGCUAUCGAAAACCGAUAAGCCGGACUUAUCGCAAUUCACAAUGGACAAAUACGGUGCCAUAACGAAAUACAAGAGCGCGUACUACACAUUCCAAAUGCCGGUGACUUUGGCGUUGCUGAUGUCUGGUGUCGAUGACCCGGAGACGCACAGGCAAGCGAAGACCAUCCUCUUGGAAAUGGGCGAAUUCUUCCAAAUCCAAGACGAUUUCCUCGAUUGCUUUGGCAAUCCAGCAGUCACAGGUAAAAACGGCACAGACAUCCAAGACGGAAAAUGCACCUGGUUAGCUGUAGUAGCACUGCAAAGAGCCACUCCGUCCCAAAAACAGAUUAUGGAAGAACAUUACGGAAACUCGGCGCCAGAAUCAAUCGCCAGAAUCAAGGACUUGUAUGAAGAUUUGCAGUUACCUCACACAUACUCAGUAUUUGAAGAAACAACCUAUGAUCUCCUUAGGACACAAAUCCAACAAGUCACGAGAGGCCUUCCUCACGACUUAUUCUUCAAAAUAUUAGAUAACAUCUUCAGGCGAAACGUCUGAAGAUCUCAUUAUUAUAGUUACCAACUUAGUACCUACUGAGUGGUUAAACAAAUUUUAAUGAUCUUUGCAUAGUUAUAAGGUUUAGAUAAGUAUUGAAAAACUCUAUUUAAAUUAUAUACUUAUGUGAUUUUAAGAGACAUGAAAUUAGUUGAAGAGAAGUUACAAGUGAUUUAGGCAUUUUAUUCUAUUGGAUAUGUACUGUACUUACGCCACUAAUCACGAAAUUACUUAUGUACCUACUAUAAAAACAAAAAAUACAAAAAGGAAAUUUACUACUAGAGGCUCUAGGAAGUAAUUUAUUUAAAAGUUUAUCGAGUAGAUAGAUAAACAUUUUAGUGA